AUGAAGUUUUGCAGUUUGUUUUUCAAGAAUUUAAGGAAACUACUUUUAUCAAUUGACAUGUUUGGAUCACAAAUUAACUUAUAAGUCAAAAAAGAAAAUGAAUAUCAUACAAUAUUUGGAGUGUUAAUGAGUAUUGGAAUUUUAACACUAAUUUAUUAUUCAUUUCUAUCCCUAGUGAUUGAUAUGAUAGAUCGUAAGAGUCCAAAUGUUAUUUAAAAUAUCCAAUAUUAAGCUAAUCCUGAAGUAAUAUUAAAUUUGAUAUUGUAACAUAGGAAUUCAAAUUAGUAUAGGACUAGUUCAUCUUUUAUCUAGUUUUGUCAGAUACUUAUGGAACUCCAAUUAUUUAGAAAUCUUAAUAGCAAGUAUAUACAGCUUAAAUGUAAGCCUGCUCAAGAAUUACUGAUAUAAAUAACAAUAUUAACAAUAAAUGUACUAAUUAUACAUUAAAAUCAUGUGCAACAACGUAAAUUAAUAGUUAAAUAUAACAAAAACUAAAUAUUUCAAAAGCUUUAUUAGAAUCAAGUUUGUGCUUUGAUCCUAAAGAGUGGGAUUAAAUAUCAUUAUCAUUAUAAGGAACACCCCAAACUCCUAUAUUUAAGAGUCUCUAAUUUAAAAUUGAGAAAUGUAAUAAUGAAACAUCUGGAUAAAGUAAAUUUUAUAAUUCCAUAUAGAUUGUGCAUCUUAAGAAUAUAUUGAUAAAAAGCUAAGUUCAGGAUAUUUGGGUUUUUUUAUUUCAGAUUCCGUUCUUAAUUAAUAGAAAGCCCAUAAUCCUUUUUCUUUAGUUUCAAAAUUGAUAAGUACAACAAUAUCAUCCCUUUAAUACAAAGCAUUAACUUUAUGGAUGAGAAAAUCAAAACUUUAUAAUAAAGAAAAUUUUUUUUAUUAUUUUGAAAAUAAUGAAGAAUAUAAUGCUUUAUAAUUUGAAAGAUAAUCUGAGUAAGUUUUUAAUAUUUAGAGAAAUCAAUUAAUUGAUAUAACUUUAUAUUUAGAUGAUAGAGAAGCAGUAUAUUAUAGAACAUACAAUAAUAUUUUAGAUAUUCUAGGUUAAAUGGGAGGGUUAUUAGAAUUAAUGUUAUUUUUGGCAGGUACCUUAGUAAAACCUUUGAAUAAACUUUCAUGUGAUUUAUUUUUAGCAUCAGAAAUAUUUUAUUUUGAAAAAUCAUCUGAUUAAUAAAAAGUUCAUCCUUAAGUUCAAGCACUAGGAUAGGCUGAAGGACUUAUAAGUUAAAGUUAAUUGGUUUAAUUAAAAAGAUAUUUUAAAUUAAAAGCACAAUAAAUAAAAUUAUUUGUUCAUUAAUAUUUAUUUACUUGGGGUUAAGAUAGAAGAUUAAUUUAAUAGAGUAUUGAAUCAAUUUAUAAUUAAAUUGAUAUAAUCUAUAUUAUUAAUAAAUUAAUUGAAAUUGAUAAGUUGAAGAAAAUAUUAUUAAAUGAGGAUUAAUAAAUAUUGUUUAAUUAUAUACAUAAACCAAAAAUUUAAUUAGGAAUAAGAGAUUAGAUGAAAGCAAGUAUCAAUCAAAAUUAUUAUGAUACAAAAUAACUUUCUUUUGAAGAGGAAAUAUUAUAAGCAUUCAAUUCUUAUACAAUGAUAAAGGAAAGCAAUCAUAAAAAAUAUAAAAAAGUAAAUAAUAGUAUAAUAAGUCUUUUGGAUAAAGAUGUUAAAUUAAUAUUUGAAACUAAUGACAAAUUAAAAGUAUAAAAAGCAACAUCAAUAAUGUAGAUUCAAGAAAUAAAUUCAAUAAAUGAUUUAAGUCUUUAAGAAAAUAGAGUUGAUAUUUGA